AGCGUGGAAAAUACGUGCCCGUCCCGUGACAUAUUUUUCCAUUGGAGAAGACUCAACAAACAAUAAAAAGUAAUCCGUCAUCGCAUGCCAAAAUUCACCCCUUACAUUAAAGUAAAAGCGAGGAAACUAAUCCCCGAGACAAAGAUGAAGAAAACAUCGAUUGUUCUAUUAAUCAUCUUAUGCAACCAAAUCUAAAGCUCCUUCUUGGACAUUCAAGAUUUAACGAACAACCCUGGAAUGUUUGCGAUUCAAAUAGGAACAGCCCGAAUUAUUGAAGACUAUCAUCUUGUUAUACACAGAUUUGAUAUUGGCAAGUACGAAUCAAUAGUACAGCAAUAUAAAAAUAUCAUAUAUGAGUUAGAUGAAAAAUUUAAAACUAUCAAAGCCAAUUCAAACAAACAACAAACAUUAGCAGAUUCCAAGCAAAUAUCAGACAUCACAAAUAUUCUGAAACAAAAAUAUGAGCAAACCUAUUCCAUGGUCAGAAAUUUCAAACCAAUAGCUUCAAAACCUAAAAGAGCUAUUGACAUCUUAGGAACUGUUAUUAAAACAAUAACAGGAAACUUAGAUCAUAACGAUUAUGUAGACCUAUCGAACAAAAUUGAUGUAUUGCGUCUAUCCACUAAUAAACUAAUAACGGAGAAUAAUGCGCAAAUCACAAUCAACAGCGAAUUCGAGCAACGUCUGAACAACAUAACGGAUGCAGCAAGAACACAAGCACAGGAAAUCCAUGAUUUCAUCCGUUUAUCCAACUUCAAAUCUAAUGAUCUAGGUGAAAUUCAACAGAAAAUUCAUUUGCACAAUGUCAUUUUCAGCCUUGAUAACAUUAGAGAACAACUUAACGUUAUCUUCGAGUCUGUGUAACUAGCAAAACUUGGGAUACUAUCAAAGGCAUUGCUUUUUCCAACAGAAAUGAACUUUAUAAUGAACAUACUUUUGGAAGAAGGACUUAAGAUAAAAAGUUACGAUCAAGCUUACGAGUAUUUGGAACCAAUAGCAAUCCACCACAAUCAUCAGAUACACUUGCUGAUAAAAAUUCCAAAACUUCGAUCCGGCAGUUACUCUAUGUUGAGAAUUGAACCGAUUCCGAUCAAUCAAUCAGUGAUACAUGUACAAUCUAAAUACGCUGUUAUAAACAAACACGAAUCUUAUUUAAUAGACAAGUUCAACCUGAUUGAAGGCGAAUACAUUCUAAAACAGAUCAACCUACAAAAUGUUACCAACAACCAAUGCGAGCAUCAACUGUUCCGUGCCAACCAUAGUAAAUGUGUAUUCACACAACACGAUAACUAUAUGGAAGUUACAAUUAUCGAAAACUAUGGAGUACUUAUUAAAAAUGCUCAAUUAACAACUUUCGAAAACACCUGUGGAUACGGCAAAAGAAAUCUCACCGGUACAUUCUUGGUAUAUUUCAAAAACUGCACAAUUUCCGUUGAUAAAACCCAGUAUGGAAACAAACAAAUGGAAUUCGAAGAGCAACCGAAAGUCAUACCACUUAAUUCCAUUGUCAUAGAAACAAACGGAAUGCACUUCGACGCCUUUCAAAAUAUGACAAAACUUCAUAUUGACAACAGAGAAAAAAUCACCAAAUUAGAAAAAACCAAUACUACUUUGAUCGUACAACACGCAACAAGUCUGUUCAUAGUAAUCAUUCUAAUUUUACUCACCGCAUGGUGCUCUUUAUUAAAAAUCCACAAUCUAAGAAAAAGAGUUACCAUCACAGUAAAACCUCAGUUGACCCGAGACGGCUCAAUCUAAGGGGGGGGGAAGUUAUGUGACGAAUAUUCCUCAUCACACCUGUGACAAACAUUCACAUAACACUACCACCCAUUUCACUCAAGUUAACCAUUAGCGCGACCACCAAGAUCGUCGUAACAAUCAGAACGAUCUUGCAACAACUGCCGCUUAAUGUAAACAACGAGAGAAGCCACGAGCGACGAUAACAUAAACAUCCGCAACGAUCGUCGCCCGGGAUUAUGAUCCAGCCAAGGAUGACUCACGGGAAAGUACAUGAACGAUGAUGACUCAUAGGAAAGUACAUGUACGCCAGCACCAACGCCCAGAACGUCAUCACCUAUCCGGAUCAACCAGAUCAGUCUUCAUCCGACUUUCAUCGCAUCCAGUUCAGCUUCAGCUCGUGCUCUCCGUUCCGUUCAAAUUUACGAACUACUAACUAAGUGUUUGAAUAAAAUUGUUUUUUAAAAACUACAUGGUUAUCCACCAACCAUAACUCUAUAUGGGUCUUUAGAGGAAGAAGUUUAUAUGCAACAGUCACCAGGGUUCGCAGAAGCGGGGAAGGAACAACUCGUAUGUCGUCUUCAACGCAGCAUUUAUGGACUUCGUCAAUCUGCUCGUUGCUGGUACCGACGAUUAGAUCGAGCGUUGGUUAAAAAUGGGUUUAAAUCAGCAAGGGCAGAUCCGUGCUUGUACGUUAGAGGAAAUGGAAGUACAAAAGUAAUGACUAUAAUAUACGUAGAUGACUUGUUAAUUGCGUCAACCAACCAGUCUGAGUUAAAGAAGGUAUUCAUAGACUUAAAAGAGGAAUUCGAACUUACGUGUCUAGGAGAAGUGCGUCAUUUUUUAGGAGUUGAAGUUAAGCGGGAACGAAAUGUGUUUAAGAUUAGUCUUCGGAAUUAUAUUAAUCGACUACUCCACGUAUUUGGUAUGGCACAGUGUAAAACCGCCAAGACGCCAAUGGACACAGGCUACACAAAACUUGUGAUAGAUGAAGAAUUGUUUGAGGACGCAACACAAUAUCGGAGUCUAGUGGGUGGAUUACUCUAUUUGUCAAUUGUUGCUAGACCAGAUAUAGCGGCAAGUGCAGCUAUCUUAGGUAGGAAAUUCAGUGCUCCACGAGAUUGCGACUGGACUGCAGCGAAGAGAGUGCUUCGGUAUUUGAAGGCUACGAAGAAUUAUUAUCUAGAGCUAGGUGGAAAUCAGCAGCAAGCGUCUGUUUUUCUGACGCGGAUUGGGCUGGCGAUGUUGCAAGUCGUCGAUCAACCACAGGGACACUGUUCAAAUUUGGAGGUGGCUGCAUAAUGUGGGCUAGUCGACGACACCCAAGUGUGAGCCUCUCGUCAAUGGAGGCCGAGUAUAUUGCACUCAGCGAAGCUUACCAGGAAGCCAUGUGGCUUAGAAAGUUACUUCAUGAUCUGGACGAAAAACAAGAAUCGCCAACAACGAUCAUGGAAGACAAUCAGGGAUGUUUGGCGUUCGUCCGUUCAGGUAGAGUCAGCAGGAGGUCCAAACACAUCGAAACAAAGGAGCAUUUCAUUCACGAACUGUGUGCUCGUGGUGAAGUACGACUGGAGUAUUGUCCCACAGACAAGAUGCAAGCUGACAUCUUAACCAAACCUUUAGGACCUUUUAAGCAACUGGAGUUCUGCAAACUACUACGACUCGACAUGGACGAAUCCGGUUAACACAGCUCACACUGAGGGGGAGUGUAGAAAGGUGCAGUGUUACCCUGUGCGGCAUUGUUCUGUGUGUGCGUGAAGGCGCGCGCCGACGGGAGGGCAACGUACGUUGCGUGCGCCGAUCGACAGUCGGUCGCUAUUACUCAAGUUGAAUAUACGUGUUAUUCUCUCUACCCAGUCUAAAUUGCUUCUUUAGCGUUAGUCUGUGCCGAGAAUAUUCCCAACACUGUCACACCAAACCACAGCAGUUCGAUCGAUUACUCGGUAGUAAGCAUGUCCAUCGCUACACCUGCACGGAAUGUUGGGGUGGCUAUAGAACCAUAUACGCCGCAGCGAGGGACGCGCAAUAUCUCGAUCAACAGUUCACGGUCCGUCGCGACGAACAGAAACGAUUCCGAAUCCAGCUCGCAAUCGCAGAAUCGGAGUAAAACACCUACUGUCACACCAAACCACAGCAGUUCGACCUGUAGCGACCUCGACGACGGUAGACUGUUGCCGUAACGGUCACUUCAAAUUCGUCAAGUAACGUCAUGCGAUUCAGGCCGCGUUCAGGUCAAAGCUGGCUUUGGCCCACCUGUCAAGUCGCGCGCGCUGAAUCGUCCCUUUUCCAUCGUAGCGCUCGGACGAGCAACACGCUCCAGCAUCCGAGCUGCCGGGCCGGAUAUUCGCACACGCGUGCAAACAAAACCCGAUAUCCGUAAAAUACUUCUCUAACGUCGUCCAUCCUCACAACCAGCCGUUGGUCGAGGAUAGGUAAAUAAAUUACCGCUCUCCGCAACUCACAUCAGUGUCGCUUUUGCCUACCGAUCUCAAAGUGAAAAAUUGUUGGGAAAUAGUGGCAUCCGAAAGUAGUGUCCACGCGCAGUGCCCCACAGACCGAUUACUCGGUAGUAAGCA